UUCAAGAUGGCGGAAUCUGUCAUUACACAGGGUGCUAUUCGGAGCAUUUUCGAGCCCCAAGGUUGCUUCGUCGAACACCCAAUCCUGCAAUGCGUUCAGAUCAAACCCAUGGACCCUAAAGCCGGGGAGCCGGUGCAGCGUUUCCGUGUCGUCUUGAGUGACAUACGCAAUUUCAUCCAGACUGUGAUUGCCACAUCCGCCAACGAUAUCGUUCUGUCAGGAAAGCUCAAGAAAGGUGUCAUCGUUCGCGUUCUCCAAUACAAUCCACAGCAGGUCAAGGAUAAGAAAAUUCUUAUCAUCAUGGAUCUUGAGGUUCUCGAGGAACACGGCGAACACGAAAAGAUUGGUCAGCCGGAAGCUUUGGACGUCGUCAAGUCUGAAGCUCAGCCCGCCGCGAUAUCUGGGUCCAAAUUUUAUGGGAAGCCCGCACAAUCACCCCAGCAACAACAGCAACAACAACCACAACAACGAUCGCUGCCCGUUAUCCAGAACAAUCCCGGCGUUCCCACUCAUAGUCACCUCUACCCAAUCGAGUCGAUCAGCAUGUUCAUACAAAAAUGGACUAUUCGAGCCCGUUGUACGUACAAAAGUGAUAUGAAGACGUGGCAUAAUGCGAGAGGCGAGGGAAAGCUCUUCAGUGUGAAUCUGCUGGAUGAAUCAGACGAGAUCAGGGCCACUGCCUUCAACGAUGUCGCUGAGAAGCUCUACCCUCUUUUCGAAGUGGGUUCUCUCUACUAUGUUACCGCACCAUGUCGCGUACAGAUGGCGAAGAAGCAAUUUUCUGGAUUGUCACACGAGUAUGAGCUGCAGUUCGAUCAGAGCACUCUGGUAGAGAAAGCCUCGGAUCAAGAAAACAAGCCUCAGAUACGAUAUAACUUCACCAAAAUUGGCGGUUUGGACUCCGUGGAAAAGGAUGCCACUAUUGACACCAUUGGUGUGCUUAAGGAGGUUGGUGAGGUGAACACGAUCACUACCAAGGCGAACAAGGAUUUUCAGAAGCGGGAAUUGGUUCUUGCCGAUGAUAGCCAGACAUCGGUGAGGCUCACAAUCUGGGGCCAAACCGCUCAAUCCUUUGACGUCCCGGUGGACUCAAUCCUGGCGUUCAAGGGUGUCAGGGUUUCGGAUUUCGGCGGCCGGAGCCUGAGUCUUCUCAGUUCUGGCACUAUGAUGGUUGAUCCCGAUAUCGACGAGGCGCACAAGUUGAGAGGCUGGUUCAACGCAUUGGACCAGAGCGUGACCUUCGCAACCCAUCAGAAUCUAUCAGGCGGCGCCGGCGGUAGCUCCAAAAACGAGACCAAGUUAAUUGCAGAUAUCAUCGCAGGCGAACAAUACCUACUAGACGCUCCCGUCUACAUCAAUUUGCAGGCAUCUAUUGUUUACGUCAAAUCAGUCAGCUUCGCCUACCCAGCAUGCGCGAGUGAAGGCUGCAACAAGAAGGUGUUGGAAGAAAAUCCGAAUGAAUGGCGAUGCGAAAAGUGUCAAAUGACACACCCAGAACCAAAGUAUCGCUACAUAUUGAGCAUCAAUGUGGCAGAUCAUACCGGCUCGAUGUAUCUAAGCUGCUUCGACGACACUGCUCAGCUAAUCGUUGGCACCGAUGCGAAUUCUAUUCAGAGACUCAGACAAGAUGAUGAAGAAAAUGGAACCAAGAACGCUGAUCUGAGGCUUCGCGAGGCAUGCGGCCAGACCGUCAACUUCACGGUGAGGGCCAAGAUGGAGACAUACCAGAACGAACCCAAACCUCGUUAUCAAGUACAACGUGCAAGCUUGCCCGACUAUUCGAAGGAAUGCGGCCAGCUGGCCCAGCUGAUCGACCAGUAUGAUUUGAAAGAAGACGAAAGUCUGUUUGUACAGUGA